GUGUGUGCGAGGUCCUUGACGCAUGCGUCCUGUACAAAUCCCUGAAAGCUUGAGUAUCAUUUAUUAACGUACACAAAUCUGUUAAAAAAUAGUUGAAUUUUUCCCACAGCAGGUUGUGGCGCGCGUCGGCGCAUUGUGGAGUGGCGGAGGAACAUGGCUAUGGCUGAAGAGGGUCGAUAUUUUAAUGAGCAUGAUGACCGUGUUGGUGGCCCCACAUUUCGCACCAAAAAGGGCAGAGGUCCAUUUCGGGGAAAGAUGUACAGUGAACAGACAUCAAGACAACGAUACCGUGGUGGAGCUGCUCCUGGACCUCGUUCACGUUAUGAGGAUGAUGAUGAUGGUGAUGUUUCAAUGAGUGAAAGUUUACAUGACUCUGGCCAACGACGGUAUAUGCCUUAUGGGACUAGACCUGGACGACGUGGUGAAGAGAGACAUGAUAAUGACAGAGACAGAGCUGGAACAUCAAACAAUCUGAGUGGGCUUCGCCUGUCACCUCGUGAAGGUUCCUCCCGAAAAGGCUGGUUUAAAGUCACUAUCCCAUUUGGAAAAAAGUAUUCAAACUCCUGGCUGCUGUCUACACUUCAGGGGUUGUGUAUGGCUCCAUUUGAACCCGUGCAGCUUCAUUAUGAAGGCCAAAAAGCUGUAUUUUAUGUGGAAGAUUCAAAUAUCGCAAAUGCUUUAAAAGCUAGUUCCAAGAAAAUCAGAGACAAAGAAAAUUUUAAGCUUAUAAUCCUGGUACGGUCCUCUUCUCCACCAUCCUCUGUUGUUAGGCAAGAGCUCCUGAAACCUGAGGCAGUAGAAAUCUUGAAGCAAUGCAUGAGUAAACGAUAUGAUCGGACUCAACAAGCACUUGAUUUGAGCAACCUCCGAAGUGAUCCAGAUCUGUUGUCUCAAAAUAUUGAUGCUGUUUUAAACCGCAAGAAUAUCAUGCAAGCUGUAGUUAAGAUUAUUGAAGAAUACAUUCCUGAGCUUCUGUCUCUGAAUAUCAGUAACAACAAACUUUAUAAACUGAAUAAUCUGACUGACUUAGUGGGCAAGGCACCAAACCUAAAGAUUUUAAACUUGUCACAGAAUGAGUUAAAGUCUGAUCGUGAGCUUGACCGAAUAAAAGGGUUUAAAUUGGAAGAACUAUGGUUGGAUGGAAACCCCUUAUGUGAUUUCUCUAAAGACCAGACCGCUUAUAUCAGAGUUGUCAGAGAGCGGUUUCCAAAACUCUUGAGAUUGGAUGGCCAUGAUCUUCCUCUUCCUAUUACUUUUGAUGUUGAAGCUCCUACCACUCUUCCUCCAUGCAAGGGAAGUUACUUUGGAUCUGAUGAAAUCAAAAGCUUGGUUUUAAGAUUUUUACAUCAAUACUUCUAUGUGUAUGACUCUGGAGAUCGACAAGCUUUGCUUGAUGCAUAUCAUGAUGGAGCCAGUUUUUCAGUUUGCAUUCCUAUAAGUUUACCCAACCCCUCAAGAAAUGCUUUGGGUGAAUAUCACAAAGACAGUCGAAACCUAAAAAAAGUAAAAGAUCCCACCAAUCGAUUCAGGAUGUUGAAGCACACCCGGCUCAAUGUUGUUGCUUUCCUUAAUGAACUCCCGAAGACACAGCAUGAUGUCAAUUCAUUUGUGGUGGAUGUCCAUGCAUAUACUAAUAUGUUACUAAGUUUUACUGUGAAUGGAGUCUUCAAAGAAGUGGAUGACAAAUCUCCCCAUUCUGUGAGAGCUUUUACUCGAGCAUUUAUUGCUGUACCAUCUGGAAAUUCAGGGCUGUGCAUUGUAAAUGAUGAGUUGUUUGUAAGGAAAGCAUCCUCGGAAGAAAUUCGAAAAGCUUUUGCUACUCCAGCACCUACACCUUCUAGCAGUCCAGUACCUACAUUGACGGCACGGCAGCAAGAGAUGUUGGCAGAAUUUUCACAACGAUCUGGUAUGAACCUUGAAUGGUCCCAAAAGUGUCUUCUGGAUAAUGAUUGGGAUUAUACCCGGGCAGGGCAGGUUUUUGAAAAGCUCAAUGCAGAAGGAAAGAUCCCUGAAGUUGCUUUCAAACAAUACAAGCUUCAGUAGGCCAACUGAAAUUGACCUGGAAAGAAGAAGUUGGGACUCUCUAGUUCACUUUUUUUGUUUUUUGUUAAUAUAUAUUUGUUCUAGACGUUUAAAUGUGAACUAACUGUAUUUUUUAAGAUGUGUUCACUACAGCUCAUUUAAGAGCGUUGAUAUGUAGUUGUAUAUUAUUAAAAUCCAAAAUCUUUUUUCUUUUUUUUUUUUAAUCUCCCAUGUGUCUUGUUGUUUGUGUAUAUGUAUAUACAGUAUAAUGCUGAGAAAGUUUUUAGAGACAAUUCGUAACAAUGUACAUAUAUUCUGGCUAUCCCACUGAGGGUGCUCAUUGCAGCAGUGCAAAAUCUGCAGAAUUGAAUUUUCUCCACUAUGUGGAAUAAAUUUCCAUCUACCCA